GGCGGCAGAUAGGGUUGGGGACUCUCUUAUAAGUUUGGUUUAGGUCUCUCUCUCGGCCCCCUACAAUCCCACAGUCCCAACGUCCCGACAGUGAAAGGCGGACCACAGCUAAAACCAGCUCAGAGGAAUUUCUGUUUCCCACAUCCUUGAAGACAAGAAAGGAAGGAUUGCGUUGCCAUGGCGUCACCGAGCGAGGGCGAUCAGACGGUGCCUGAUGGAGAGAGAGAAAAGGAGGCGACUAAGGUCAAAUCUAUUCAGUCCCACUAUCUCCGCUGUCCCUCCCCCAGCAGUUUCUCCGUGAUCUCGGAGUCCAGAUUCUCCAUGAUAUCAGGGUCGGAUGCCGAGAGCAUCUAUAUGGAGCCCAUUCACCUGUCCUCAGCUAUAGCUGCCAAACAAAUCAUCAACGAGGAGCUCCCACAACGGGGUAUCAGGGCAGAGAGUACCCCAGACAGCAUGUUGGAGACAGCGGAACAGCUGAUGGUGGAGGACCUGUACAACCGGGUGAAGGACAUGAUCGAUGACCGCAGCCCCUAUAACACCCCCUGUGUGAUGGACAUCCAGCGGGCCAUGGUACAGGACCGCCUGGAGGCCCCCAACAACCCCGUGGACGAGGUGUGGAACAACAUAUUCAUCGCUGAGAAAUCCGUGGCUGUCAAUAAAGCUCGUCUGAAGCGCAUGGGUAUCACCCACAUCCUGAACGCUGCCCACGGUACCGGGGUCUACACAGGGGAGGCCUUCUACGCUGGCAUGAACAUCGGCUACAUGGGUAUCGAGGUAGAUGACUUUGCAGAGUCUGACAUCUCCCCUCACUUCAGAACCUGCGCUGAGUUCCUGGAUGAGGCCCUGUUGACACACAAGGGUAAGGUCCUGGUGUCCUCUAUGAUGGGCGAGAGCCGCUCCGCUGUGCUGGUGGCUGCCUACCUCAUGAUUUUCCAACACAUGACCAUCAUGGAGGCACUGACCACUCUGAGGAAGAAGCGACCCAUCAACCCCAACGAGGGCUCUAAACAGCUGCGUCAGCUCAACGAGACGCUACUAGAGGAGCGUGAUGACGAUGAUGACGACACCCUCAGCCAAUGCUCCGUCAUCGACGCUCACACUCGCGCCCACCUGUUUGACGACGAAGAGAGCAUGAUGGGCGUGAAGGCCCACUCCAUCAUGAUGGAGGAGGAGGAGGACAGCCAAAGCGUGAUGAGUAGCGUGGCCUCGUCUGCCGCAGCCGCCGCCCUCAGAGACGGUGUUUUUGGAGGGCUGCGGAUGGGCCUGGAACGGGCAGAGACGACAGAGGGCCUGGCCCUGCCUGGAAAAGACGCUGGCGACGGUGGGGAGGAUACAGAGGAUGGGGAUGAAGAUGGCAUGAGCAUCCGCGAGUGGCAGAGGAGGAACGAAGAGUACAGAGCGAGGAGUGAGUGGGGGGAGGCACAGCAGCAACAGCUGAUGAGUGAGGCUGGGGGACGAGGAGUCUCUCCUGGGGGGCAUGAGGGGUCCUGGGCAACAGAAGACCUGGAGAGCGUGACCACCAAGGGCCCCUAG